AUGUCAGUCAUUAUCCUUGACAACGCCAAGUACCACAAUGGUGUUGUUGAGAAAGUGCCCACCAAGAGCAGCACGAAAAAUGAUAUAAUGGUGUACCUGGACAAGCACAGUAUUACCUACGAUAAGCAACGCCUGAAAUCUGAGUUGUUCAUGCUACUAAAGGCAACCAACCCACAAACGAAGUACCUCACUGACGUUCUCUUUAAUGAUGCAGGUCACGAUGUCCUCAGACUUCCGGUGGGCCAUUGUGAACUGAAUCCUAUAGAACUGGUAUGGGCGCAAGUCAAAGGAUACGCUGCAGACCACAACAAGGAUUUUACAAUGAGAGCCAUCGAACAACUGGCCAGAGAAGGCAUUGAAAACGUGACGGCGGUUAAAUGGAAGAAGUGUGUCGACCACGUUAUCCAGAAAGUGAAAAACCACUACAGAACAUCAGACGGCGUGGUAGAACAAGCAGUAGAAAGUCUAGUUAUAGAAGUAGGUGCAGAGGACUCUUCAGACAGUGAAGAGAUCCUGCUAGGAGACGACGAGUAUUAUAACAAUGAUUAG